AUGGCCUCUUGUUUUUGUGCUGACCAAAAAUCGAAUACCAAGGAUGUUUCUACGAGUUAUGGGAUGCAGGGAUCCGAUGAGUUGGUACGCUCGGAUGACCCUAGACACCCUUCGAAUUUAAUUUGCAGCCUUUGCAAAUUGUUCUACUAUAAUAACUGGGUUACUGGUACUGGAGGCGGGAUUUCUAUAAAGCAUCCUGUUACCGGUCAUAUCUACAUAGCACCGUCAGGUGUGCAGAAGGAGCAAUUGAAGCCUGAGGAUAUGUUUGUGAUGGAUCCUGUUACGGAGUCCUACAUCCGGAUUCCCGAGCUGUACAAGCCCAGUGCAUGUACACCGCUUUUCAUGUCAUGCUAUAGGAAACGUGAUGCAGGUGCUGUGAUCCAUACGCAUUCUCAACAUGCGGUUAUGUGUUCGUUGAUCUUUGAUAAGGAGUUCCGGAUCGCCAACAUAGAGCAAAUUAAAGCAAUUCCAAGUGGCAAGAAAGACCCACGCUUAGGGAAGGACAUCAAUCUAUCCUUCUUUGAUACUCUAAUCAUUCCUAUCAUCGAAAACACUGCCCAUGAGGAAGACCUCACGGAUGGUUUGCAGGAAGCCCUUGCCCAUUACCCAACCUCCACGGCUGUCAUCGUAAGAAGACAUGGUAUCUACGUUUGGGGCCCCAACGUUGACAAGGCCAAAGUUUACAACGAGGCCAUUGACUAUCUCAUGGAACUCGCUGUGAAGAUGCACAAUUUGGGCAUUCCCACCGACUGUGGCAUCGGUGAAGAAAAGCAGUACUUAAAGCGGUAA